CGCGGCGCGAGGACGUGUUGAGUCUUAGUCGUGUCCGGUCUUGAAGGAGAGAGGGAGACGAAAAUAGUGUUCCCGUUGUCCAUCACACGGUGUCACAUCGCCCGCCACCGUAUCCCGUGUCUCUCCUCGACUCGUACACGUGAAUGUCAGAUGAUCGUCAGUCAUGAUCUCCACUGAGACGCGACGGACACCUCUACCGAGCCUUCUGCUGCUGUGCACCCUCGUGGUCUCGACAUACGCCAGGUCCUGGGACUUGGCGGUGGUCAUCGGCAGCGAAAUCGACUUCUUCGCGCGGAACAAAACGCUCACGGGUCAGGCCAACAUCGGGGAGGCCGUCGCCCUGACCGGAGUAACGUACGACGACACCACUCGAACAAUGUACUUGUCCGACACGAGGAACAACGUCUCCAUAUUCAGCAAUGAUCUCACGCAGAAGAAUUUCACAUCGACCCCGUUGCUCAAGAAAGAGAACGGGACGCACGUCAUAGGGAUCGUCUUCGACGCGUCGUCACGCACUUUGUUCUGGGCGGAUGCCUUGAGGGAGAUCAUCGCAAAGAUGCACGUGCCGGUGAACGGCGAACCGGGCGACCCUGUCGUUCUGCACAAUCUCACUGACCGCAAUCCGCGUGGCAUCGCUCUCGACGUGUGUAACAGCCAUAUUUACUGGGCGAAUAGCAACACCACGAACCCCAGCAUCGAGCGUUCUAAUCUCGACGGGAGUAAUCGAACCAUUGUCAUUCAGGAAAACUUGUACGAACCGUUGGCAGUGACAAUUGACCACGUAGAGCAGAAGUUGUACUGGAUUGACGAUGGUGAAGGAAUUCAUUUCAAGAUCGAGCGCAGCAACCUGGACGGCAGCAAACGAGAGUUAUUGGUCCAUAAUAAGCAUCAACAGCCGGUCUUCCUUGCUGUGGACAGCAACUCAUUAUACUGGUCCGAUUGGGUACAUAGUGCUAUCUGGACUAUGCCAAAAAACGCCAAGGAAGGCGAUUACCCAAUCAAGUUCAAAUCUUACUUCGAGUCCAAAAGGGAUGCCGAUCCGGCCGGCAUUGUCACGCGCGAUAAUGUCGGCAAAAUCGACUGCCCAACGAUCUUGACGACGAAACGGACAAACGUUACGAAAUCUGUCCAACGACUGCCGGCCAAGACGUUCAACAAUUUGACUACCAGCACGGAGGAAUCGGAAUUGACCACCGAGAGCUCCAUAUACUGCCUAAACGACGGCCAUCUGCAUAAAACAGACGGCACAUGUCGAUGCAAACCAGGGUUCAUCGGAACCUCUUGUGAGACCUCUCUCUGUCACAACUACUGCCUUCGUGGUGAAUGCACCACAAAUCAUCGCGGGCUUCCCGAAUGCGAGUGUCCGGAUAGAUAUAGCGGCGCUCGAUGCGAGAGGGAUGUCUGCGAUGGAUACUGCCUCCACGAUGGUGAUUGUUCCGUCCAAGAUGGAAACCCGUAUUGUAGCUGUAAAUAUUCCACAGGGACCCGGUGCGAAGAGGCGGAAGAUAUCGCGGAGAUCUGUACGAUCUACUGCGCGAGCGAUCGCAACGUAUUGUUGAACGUCAACGUGACAUCCUGCAGGUGCACAAACGACAUGCAAACAGACCGGAUCGUUAAGCUCAGCGGCAGUGCGGAGUACAGCAAGCUGCUGCUGAUAUUCCUCGUUCUUGCUACUGUGGCACUCUUGUUUUUCGGCAUUGUCACCUGCUACGCGGGCAUACUGCGAAGGAAACCGCGCGUCAAGAGACGCUUCGUGGGCGUGACACCACUCACGUCCCGGCCACAGAUACCGGACAAUCAGUGCGAAAUAACCAUAGAGAAUUGCUGCAAUAUGAAUAUCUGCGAAACUCCGUGUUUCGAACCGAAAUUAUGCACCAUGGUGUCGAGAAGCAAUAGUUCGAAAAAAGAGGAGAAGAAUUCCUUGUUGGAUAACAUGGAGGGGAAUUCGUGCUAGCACAAGCUAAUGUCUCGUCGUAUGAAAUGGCGAAAAUUCUGCGGACUCCGCAGCACCGCCGCGAGCCACUCGCGGAAGUAGUACUUGCGGGAUCCCACCUCUAUACGUACUGCGGCGGAUUCUAUCAUAGUAACUUCUCCAUCGGAGUCCGAAAGUAUCCGCGCGUUUACGGGAUGCGCACGGCCGCCGUGUCGACGACGAUUGCUUUCGCUCCGUCUUGAAAAAGCAAGCCAAAGCCUCUUUUUAGGAAAUCCUGUUUCUCAUUACGUCAUACACGUAGGGCUGUGUUAAUAGAACCAGUAAUUAAUUAGUAGUCAUUAAACCUUUAUAUCGUGCGAUUUUGUUGGAUGCUUGUUGACUCGUUUACAGCGACGCAAUACGCGAAGAAGUACUCUUGCGUUUCUCAAGAAACUGCUGGAAACGCGAUUCCUUUCGCUCGCAUGCCCGAUACCGCAUAUAAAAAGGAGUAAAGUUUUUAGCUGUAUUUACGAAGUACAUACUUUAAGCAAAUUUAUGUAAGUGUGAUUAUACGGUCGUCAAUUGACGAUUUUCAUGUCUUUGUUAGAAACUUCAAACGAUUAUAUUUAUUAUUGUAUAUAUAUAUAUAUAUAUAUAUAUAUAUAUAUAUAUAUAUAUAUAUAUAUUAUAAAUUAUUUUAUAAUAAUGUAUAAUUAUUACAAAUUAUUUACAAUUAUUAUUUAUAACAUUUGUGUGUGUGAACUUUCUUAAAAUUUUCAUUACACAAUUACAAUACAAUCAAAUUGGUUCUGAAAAUUUUGCAGAAUAGUAAAUAUAACAAGUUAUAAAAUACGUGAUGGCGCAGUGUUUCAAACUUUCGAUGUUGUAUCGUCGUGUCAAGAAGAUAUAUAUUCUUACACCUUGAGAGAAAAAGCGCCAAUAUGCAUUUUUUCAGUUUUAGCUUCUGAACUGUAGAAGUCUUAAAAUUUUUUAACAUCACAGUGUCACAUUUAUAUUCAAAAUAUAAAUAUUUAUUUAUAUUUUAAUGAUUAGAGAACGUUUCAGCUUUUUAAAAAAAAUUUUGAAUUCGAAAAUACUUCCGAAUUUGAAGACUUGAUACUAACACUGUUGAUCCCUCGUUACAGUCAUCUUGAUUGAUAACGUCAAAAGCGAGAAAAUAUACGCUUAACAUUUUUGUAAAGUAUAUUAAAGUAAACUUACUCGAAUCAUACGGUUAAUUGAUUUCGUGUUAUUACGAGCGUGUAUCUCCUAACUUUUGACAUCAUUAGUCAAGAUGCCGCGAUGAGAAAACAGGAGAACUGAAAAAAAAUUGAUAUUUUAUAAAUAUAUAACUUCUUUUUCGAUCUGAUGUAUUGCGGAUGUAACAAGCGAAAGGGAACGUGUGUUCUUAGGAAUUUUUCCAUUAUAUAGAGGUAGCUACCGAACAACACAAUUCAAACUUACUGACGUGGAAAGACUUUUCUCACGGACGCUUCCUUAUAUAUUUAUCUUGUCCCGUUCAUUUCUCUUAACAUAGAAUCGCUAUAUUGGUCAAAAGGAACUCACUUGUGCCGUACUGAAGCAAUUUGAAAUGAGAGAGAGAAAGAGAGAAAGCAAAAAGAAAAGAGUAAUGGAAAACAUGUAGCGAUCGCGGUUACGGGGUGCGCAAAAGUUGCCUUAAGCAGUAAUUCUAAUUGUUGCUCAAAGUACCGUUGAGUACAUUCCUGAAGAAAUUUAGAUCACGACGGUGACAAAUAAUUUUUUUCUCAUUCAACACUGUCGACUGAGUCAACCGUUAACAGACUUUACAAUGCAUAUAGAUAUGGAAUUAUUCAUUGAUUUCGUUAUCAUAAACUACAUUUGUACCAUAGUCUAAAACCAUUUCAGUAGCACAUUGUACAAAUACCGUAAUCUACGGUCGCAUAACCGACAUGAAACUACUUUGAUAAUUUCCGAUAUUGUAACUAAUAGUUUUACUGUCAUAUAAUAUGUCAUAUAAUAUAGUUAUAACAUAAUUGCUUAUGUGAUAACAUAUAAUAUAGUUAUAACAUAAUUACUUAUGUACGACAUGUGAUAUGUGUGAAUAGUUACAACAGCGGAAAUUGUUAAAUCGGUUUUCAUGCUGCUCAUGCAAACGUAGACUAUAGGUUUUAUUAAGCUGGUUUUAGUUAAACGUAGUUAUUAAUCGCGUAAGUCAUAAAAUCUGGCUUGUAAUUCUCCGAUCAUGACAAACUUGUCUUAUUUCUCGCGCUAAGUCUCAUUACCCGAUGAGCGCGAUUAGUUCCACUCUUAGGCCGUGCUUGUCGUCGUCACUUGGAACUUAUAUUGCCUGAGACAAAUUUCAAGUGACAACCACAAAGCUGUAAAUACAGGUCUUGAUGAAAUCACUUCGUAUUACCGUAACCAUCCUCUAAUCGCUGACUUAGAUCAUACCGAGUACAAUACACAAAUGUAUAUAUACAUAUAUAUAUAUAUAUGUGUGUGUGUACAGGAUGAGGCGUUUAAAACAGACUAUUUACCAAUGCAACUUCCUCGUGUAUGAAGAUAAAGACUGUUUAGAAAAAAAUUUAUAAUUUGAAAUUCCAACAGCCUGAUCUGUUUUAAAUGUCUCACCUUAUAUACAUCCUGUAUAUCACUCUGUAUAUGAUUCUGUCCCUCUCGUCGUGAACACCUUACAUAUCUCUUGACGCUGGUUGUGACGACUUUCAUGAAAUUCAAGACACAGUAACAUUAUUUGGAAAAUACCAGUGAUCUCGAAUCGACAGCUAUCUCCUUAGAUAUUUUCUCAUAUUAUCAACAACAGUAGAGAUAUCCAUAGGUGUUUGUGAUGAUAAACGGGACGCCUUGUAUAACAUGUACAUGCUAUCAUGAGGUGUAUACUAGACAAAGUAAGAAAACAUUACUGAACAUUCAGAGUUACAAUGUACGUGAACGAUCCUCGUUGUCAAAUCUGGACUAUCUCGUUUAUCCGAACGGCAAGUCACACUGAAUUCGCGAAACCUUACGACUUACCAGUUUCCGACGUACUUAACGUGUAUUAUUUAUAUAUGUCAACAAUCGAUGUUCAUAUUACUGAUUCUAAUUUCAAGGAUCAUUAGAUUCGUACAGUAUCCUUCGCGAAGCGGACUCGAUAACGUUCCUCGCGGAGCGAUACUUGAGUCGAUUUUUCACGAUUGUUUGACUCCGGAAACUUCUGUUCCGCGUUGAUGUAUGCAAUGCGAUGCCAAUUUUUGAGUCUUAUUUUUCUUAUAACUUUUACUUUGUUGUAAAAACGAGAUUGUCCACCAAUUUUAUUUGUAACAAUGUCACGUUCAAAUAACGACAGUCUGUGGCGCGCAAGAUAGCGCGGUGCAUAAAAUCGAUUUUGGUUCAAAUUGUUCAUAACACAUUGACUGCUACAGGAGUGACCGGCUUUAUUUUACAUCGUCUUAUUAAUUUACGCAUAAAGCGUGACUAAUCGCAGCUAACGAGUUAAAUAUGCGGUCAAUAAAUAUGCCGAUAAGACCAGCUAAUAGAUAUAUUCAUUGGAAGAAGUAUGUACUUACUUCGGUCAUUUGAAUUUCAAGCUUUGGAACAAUCCAUGGAAUUCAGCGUGGCAGUGAAAGCGUUGAAACGAACGAUCGUAAGCUUUAUUAUCCUUAAAGCCCGUACUUUUGAACCAAUUGUCAUGCAAUUAGCAGUUAAUACGUAUACUUCUUAUAUACACCAAAGUUGUUUUUAAUUUUAGUGAAGAGGAUAUAGUACAAUUGUUGGUUUGCAGGAAUUGUCAUGCGUUGAUUCAAGACUUAAUCAGGUCGCAAUGUUGUUUGAAAAAAGCGCCACGGGGAAUAUUAUUAUAUUAUAAUUAUUUUAUUUUAAUCAUGUCGCAGAAAAGCAAACUGAUAAUUACCAUAUUGUUCAUUGAUUAUAUGUUUAUGAGGUUUAUGUUAUUCUUUAUAGUACGGAAGAAUGUUCCUGUCGUCGUGACAAACAAAUCAUUCGCAAUACAUGACGAUACUUUUUGUUCCUGUAUACGAUAGAUACUACUUAAAUCGUCAUCAUUUCUUUGGUUUUUAAAUCUAACGAAUAAUUUUAUACUAAAUGUUUUUGCGACAUUUGCCGGGCUAUAUAUACAUAUAUAUAUAUAGAUAAAUAUAUGUAUGUAUAUAUUAUAUAUAUAUACGUAUCAAAUAUUGUGUUUGGAAAAUAGCCCUCUCCCACACACUCAUCCCCAGAGACGGGAUAGUGGAUUUAUGGUGAAAGGGUUAUAUUCCUAAAAUAAAACUACGACGGUGCAUAGUAUGCAAUAGGUCUACACAUAUUACAUUGUAAAUCGUAAAUUCGAAGUUUCCCAAGGAAAAUUCUUCGUUAUGUAUUAUAUUCUUGAAUUUAUUAGUUGAUAAUUUGAAUUAUUUAGAUUUUAGCUUAACAGCAUAUAUUCUCAAUUAUAUCUUACGUUAUAUGUAAUCUGUGGAAAUAUUAGAACACGCGUGUCAAUUUUCCAGAUCGAUCUGUUAUCCUUAUAAAACAGAUAACUUGUUUUUUAUUUUAUAUUUGAGAAUUGACUGUAUCUUUCUUGAAGAUGAAAUCUUAAAUCUUAGAUUGUACUUAAUUUACUAUGAAAUCAUUCAAAACGUGAAAGAGGUGACUUUAGAAACAUAUUGCAUAUUUUGCAUCUCCUUGCAAUGGUUAUAAUGUGCUGGUUACUAUUGUAUACAGAUAAAAGUGAAAUAAAAUGAAUCAUCUCUUA